AUGGUGUAUACAGCCCGUGCGGAAGGUGGCGCCACCCUCCUUCGAGGAACCACCAAGUGGAAGGAGGUCCGUGUACCAGGGCGGCUUCCCUUGGUCACUGAGAGCAAUGGGCGUUGGAAGCAUCGAGAGACCUUUCAAUCGGGCUUUGCGGAUGAGGCAACGUACAGCGAGAAGCUACGGCGCUCCGCUCCUGCCUCGCGCUGUGGAAGUGGCUCAGUGUCCACGAUGUCGUCCGUUGCGUCAACUCCACGGGAGAAGCUCCCCUGUCGAAGCCUCUUCAGGAGCCAAGAGAGCGAUUCCGACGUGGAAGCCCGCGCAGCUCUCGCCGCGCGCCCCGCCUUGCGUGCCAUCCAACUGGACUCCCUUAGCGCUUUGACCGCCCAGCGCUCCGAGCGCGGGCGGGCUGCGGUGCUCAAGGCAAGCUUCAGUGCUGCUGACAAGGACCGAGACAACCAGCUCAGUCGCGCAGAGUUCUCCUUGAUGCUCCGGCGAGCCUUCCCGGAGAUGUCUCGACAGCAGAUCGACAAGGAGUGGGCCAUUGCUGACUGUCAGGGGACCGGUUCGAUCAGUUUCAACGAGUUCGUCGAAUGGCUGCGACCCGAGGAUGAUGCGUUGACGCACAUCCCGCUGCUGGCCAGCUUCCGGCUGUGGGACCUCUCAGAGAGCGGCGGCAUCAGUUUCAAGGAGAUGGACUUCACCCUGAAGAAGGCGCCCCGUGGAACGCGCGCCGUGCGCGUGGAACCACGCGGUAAUUGGGGUUUACUCUCGCACCUGCUAGGUGACUUGUCCUUUCUGGACUUCGCCCAGAUCCUCUUUCCGCCGGAAAGCCACCUCACUGGAUGGGUAGGAGGGACCGGUUCAGUGCGGGAACCGCAGGAGGUCUCAAAGGUCAUUCACCCUGAAUCGCCGCUCAUUUUCCCUCGGCUGCGAUCGCCGAUCGAGGGCCACAUUCGUUUGGAACGUGAAUGCGCUGGCCACUUCGAGGCUUUGGGGGAGUCGCUCCGAGAUCAAGCUUCACAGCUCUUGGGAGCAGAAGGACCGCAGAGGCGCGGGCGAGUCUCUGGUGAGUACAAGUUCCAGUUCUCGCUUCACUUCGAACCUCGAAGUGAACAUGGUGGUCUUUGCCAGACAGGCGUGCUGGUCGCUUCCGCUCGUGAUGCGGAGGGCAGGCCGUUGCCAUUGACCUGUCGGUGGCGGAGGCGGAUUGGCUCGCACACGGUGGAAAUCCCGGGCAUCACCUCGUCCAUGUAUCAUGCCUCGGCAGAUGAUGUGGGCAUGCAGAUCAUUUGCCUCGCCGAGCCAGAGGGUCAUCGACAGCUGGGGGUGGCGCAGGCGGUGAUUGGACCCUUCGAGCUGGAUCCGAUCACACGGAUGAGCCUGGAGAACAUCGUGUCCUCCGGCGCCUCGCGCUUUCCGGUGCGGCACUUCCGUGACCAGAACGACCCCCAUCCGCGUGACUUGCAGAUCCAUGUCACGCAGGACGACCGCACCACACGGGGAGACUGCACCGAAGGGCCGUAA